AUGUCUUCCACUAUUCCAUUUCUCACGGAGGGUCAACUGCGCUUUUUCCUUAUUUGCAAUCGGGUUAUUCAGUGGCUGAGUUCCGUUGUUGUUCUUGGGAUCACUUCCUAUUUCAUUAAUACCGGCCCUCGUGGGCUUACCAUAGUUUAUGUGGAGGUCAUAGCUGCUGUCUCUGUUGUGGCUUUCCUCCCUUCUUUUGUGUCACCAUUUAUGGCGACACCAGCUAAGGACUUUGUCCUGUUCAUUGACGUUAUAUUCUCUUAUCUGUUGGUUAUCCCCAGAUGGCUUGCCGCUUUUAUAUUCUCUGCGGUUGACUACAAUCAACACAAUUGCCAUGCAAAUGCGCCACCGGGUGUCUCAUGCUCGAAGAAAUGGGCCAACGAAGCAUUCGUCUUCUUGACUUUCAUUUUUACAUUUUUCGCCCUCUUCAUCGAAGCCUGGUCCCUUUGGCUCGCCUGUAGGGAUAACACACAUUCUUCUUCACUGCAUGAAAAGAGUUUUCGAUCUGCAUCGGAGCCUAAUUCGGCCGUUCAUGCGACACAAGCUCCCGCCGAAGAGCCCAUGGCCACGCCUGCACAAGUCGUGUGA